GAGGAAUUUUUUGUUUAUUUUCGUGGCCAGCUAACCAGCAAACGUAUUGUUGUUAGCUUAACGUUAUUUAGUUUUUAUAUAUAUACAGAUUUAGUUCUAAAAAGGCGAACAGAUAAACGACGGCCCGUUCGGCUAAUUACAUUUCGCGACUUGGCGUAUUCGCACGAUCCUAGAAAAGAGGUUAGCGAGCUAGCGUGAAGUUGGAUGUUUUUCUUUUUUAGCAUUAGCUGUUAGCGAGCGAGCUAGCCAGGCUAUCGUUAACCGCUGGAUAGCGUAUCGAAAUUUAGGUAGCUAAAGCCGCCCGCUUUUCAUCUUCUAUCGCUGGGACGAACGCGACUGCGCUGAGAAAUCGCUGUUGCUAAUCUUGGCCACCCUUGGAUCAACAGUACUUUAACGUUGACACUGGUGCUGGUAAAGCCAUAGAGGACACAACUGGAAAGCCUCCCCAAGGUUGAAACCUAAGGAGCAAGAUGUCAAUCACGAACACUCCCACGAGUAACGAUGCCUGCCUGAGCAUUGUACACAGCCUGAUGUGCCACCGACAGGGAGGAGAGAGCGAAAGCUUUGCCAAGCGAGCCAUCGAGAGUCUCGUCAAGAAGCUGAAGGAGAAGAAGGAUGAGCUGGAUUCCCUGAUCACGGCCAUCACUACUAAUGGGGCUCAUCCAAGCAAGUGUGUGACCAUUCAGCGAACUUUGGAUGGACGCCUACAGGUUGCAGGACGUAAAGGUUUCCCCCAUGUUGUCUAUGCUCGGCUGUGGCGAUGGCCUGAUCUACACAAGAAUGAGUUAAAGCACGUGAAAUAUUGCCAGUAUGCCUUUGACUUGAAAUGCGACAAUGUUUGUGUCAACCCGUACCACUAUGAAAGGGUCGUCUCUCCGGGCAUUGACUUAUCAGGACUGACGCUUACAACUUCAGGUCCACUUAUGGUAAAGGAUGAGUAUGACUACGACAACCAGCAAUCUCACUCGAGCUCCGAAAGCCACCUGCAGACUAUUCAGCAUCCGCCGUCGCGGCCCGGUCCACAGGAGACCUUCAGCAGCCCCUCUCUACUCCCCCCAUCGGAGGGCAGCAGUUCAGCUUCAACCUCUGCGUUCUCUACCAUCAGUGCUGGACCCUCAAAUCCAAACUCCAACUGGAGCAGAAACAGCAGCUUCACCCCUGCAGUGCCUCAGCAUCAGAACGGGCAUCUACAGCAUCAUCCUCCCAUGCCUCACACGGGGCAUUACUGGCCUGUUACCAAUGAAAUUGCGUUCCAGCCUCCCAUAUCCAAUCACCCUGCUCCGGAAUACUGGUGCUCCAUUGCGUACUUUGAGAUGGAUGUCCAGGUUGGGGAGACGUUCAAGGUGCCGUCCACAUGUCCGAUAGUGACCGUGGACGGCUACGUGGAUCCAUCAGGAGGGGAUCGCUUCUGCUUGGGCCAGCUGAGCAAUGUUCACAGGACAGAGAACAUAGAGAGAGCCAGGCUCCACAUUGGCAAAGGUGUCCAGCUGGAGUGUAAAGGUGAAGGAGAUGUCUGGGUGCGCUGUCUGAGUGAUCAUGCAGUGUUUGUGCAGAGUUAUUACCUGGAUCGAGAGGCGGGACGUGCGCCUGGAGACGCAGUUCACAAGAUCUACCCCAGUGCUUACAUUAAGGUGUUUGACUUGCGUCAGUGCCACAGGCAGAUGCAGCAGCAGGCAGCGACGGCUCAGGCAGCAGCUGCAGCACAGGCAGCAGCUGUGGCUGGGAACAUUCCCGGGCCAGGCUCUGUGGGAGGCAUCGCACCCGCCAUCAGUCUGUCUGCUGCUGCAGGCAUUGGGGUUGAUGACCUGCGCAGACUGUGCAUCCUGCGGAUGAGCUUUGUGAAGGGCUGGGGCCCCGACUACCCGCGGCAGAGCAUCAAAGAGACGCCCUGCUGGAUUGAGAUCCAUCUACACCGAGCUCUGCAGCUACUGGAUGAAGUUCUCCACACCAUGCCCAUAGCUGACCCUCAACCUCUUGACUGAGAUAAAAGACAUGAACUGUACAAACAAUGAAAACAAAAAGAGACUGUACUUUUAACAGACCACUUCACCUGUAGGCCUGGAGUGCUGAAGGAGGACUGCAGCGGCAGGGAUGCUGGGCAGGUAUUGGACCAAGGACAUAAAGGCUGGCAGUAUACUCCAAAUGCAAUGAUCUAUGAAUCCAGUGCUGCAAUCAGUUUGCAGUAAGUCUGUAACUACAGUGACUUCCAAACAGCUGGUGGAACAUGUGAGUCACAUUCGGGAGGAAGCGUACUUCACAUGCUGCCAAGAGGAUGCGCAUGAAAAAGCAGGACAGUAAUCUGACAUUGUUUAACAAUUGGAACUGCGAAAUGGCAUGAAGUGAAUGAAGCGGCGGGUCUCCUUAAUUUCAAGUAAUAAAAAUAUACCGACGCACUGAUGAAUUUAAGAAUGUGUCCACGCAGAUGUAAAGUUAGCCUUGGGGCACACCACAGCAUCAUCGUACUCAGCUGUCAUGUUUUUCAGUGUGAACAUUUCAAUAAAUAGGAUUCUAAGAUAUAUACAGCCCUGAUAUCUGACUGAAAAAAAAUCCUUUGGACUAUUUAAUAAGAGGGCACACUAUUUGACUCAAAGCAAAUCAAGCAAAGCGCAAUCUGGCACCCUGUAUCCCUGGUUAUUUACCCUGUGUGAACACACUAAAUCUGAUUUGAUUUGGAGUAUACUGCCAGUUCAGCCCUCCUUCAUUGGUUCUCUGGUGCUUACAUGGCUUCAUGUAAGUGGAACCCCCCUUCCCCCCAACAGAUCACAAGAUUUAUGUAAAAUCAUGUUAUUCAUCACUCAUGUUUUUGUAAGAUGUAGUCUUAAAUAUUUUUCAAUGCUGACGGUCUUUGUUUGACAUUUUUUGAUUUUACUCCCCUUUUUGGAAUAGCUGUUUUUAAAUGAUGUUAAGAGCAUUUGAAAAAGCCCAUUUAAGCUGAAACCGGGAAACUGUUGCAUUAUUCUACGACCAGUCAAGGCUCAAGUUUUCUACCAACGUUUUAUCAAACCCGAAAUUUAAUUGAAAUUCUUAAAUGCUUUCGAAAAGAAAAAAAAUAUAACACAUCUUCGUAAUCUUAUUUGUAACUGUCAUUCUUAUGAUUAGAUGCCCACAUAGUGUCCAUUAGCACUUUAUUAAUUUGAAAAAUAAGUAUUUUGUCUUGUUUCAUAGUAUGCGUGGUUACUUGUUGUAUCCACAUGAUUUCUUAGCAUAGUUUGAAAAGUUUUUCUUGCUAAUGACUUUCGGUGAGAUCCAUGAAAAACUGUGCUGUCCCAGAUCUAUGUCUUCAGUGUCAAACACAGCAGGUUUGAAAGGUGCAUUGUUCAGCAAAAUGAUGACUGUUUACAACAGUCAUCAUUUGUGGGUUGUGGGUCAUUAAAAAAUUCCCACUGACCCUGAAACCUCCACCUUUCAAACCCUACAGGUGUUAAGUUUUGAUACUCAAAAGAUAGAUUUUGGAUGGAGCGUCACUUAAAGAUAGCUUACCACCACCGAUUUUAAUUAGAGUAUUACUGGGUUGACACUUCACCUAACGUAUUCUAGACAACAGCUGAGUAAAGGAAGAAAAGGACGAACUGUGAGAGGAAGUUUAAGCCAUAUUGAUGCCAAAUAUACCCUACGAAAAGUGAAACGGCUAUCAGACUACAGUCAUUUCAGUGUUAAGUCGCUUGUAAAAACCUGGUUUCAGUUAUGAGCUUAAUGAUUUCAGUUUGUGCUCGGCACUAUUAUUCAAACAAUAUUUUGGUAUUUGGAGCUCUGUUUACCUACAGCUGUUGCAGUAUUUUAUACUCUUUUGCUACCUUUUACAGUGAAGAACCACUGUGCUCAUCAUUAGAAAUGAUUGAAAAGAAAAGAAUACUGUACAAAUUUGAGGAAAUGCAAGCUCGUGCUCAUCCUGAUCUUUACAGUUGUGUUAUACAUUCUGAAUACAUAUGGAGUUUGAAUGAAUAUUGGUGUUUAUAUGUAUGAAUAUGGUUAAAUAAAAUUUAACUGGCUAACGUA